AUGUGGACAACAUUUUUCAGUUUGAUAAUUGCCUUUUUACAUAGAGUUAAUGCUAUUUCAUUAAAUAAAAAUGUUUCUCAUUGGUCAAUGGGAAUUAUACCAUAUUAUAUUGAUACCGAAAUAUAUGAUUAUUUAAUUGAGUAUCGUAUAAGAGCGGCUAUGAAUAUUUUGGAAGAAGCAUCUUGUGUAAGGUUUAAACCACUAGUAAAAAAACCGUACAACAGUUCUAAAUGGGUCUACAUUACUAACCUAGAGAAGGAAAGAGAGUGCAUUCAUGAACCGCGGUUGCAUGAAAAACAUUCCGGUGCUGUUUUACUGGUACUAGGGUUUGAUUGUCUCCGACGGCGUGAAGUGCUGCACUCUUUAAUGCACGCUAUUGGAUUUCAAGAUGAAGUGUCCCAUCCACAAAGGGACCAGUAUAUUCGUGUAAUGUGGGAAAAUAUACAUCCAAAAUAUCGUUCUCUUUUCCGCAUCCAAACGAAUGAUGCCUCUUCUAAGAAUUUUGUUGAGUACGAUCCAAUGAGUAUAAUGCAUUUUCACGACCGAGCAUACACUAGUAAUGGACAAGCAACGAUUACUCCUUUGCUCUCUGGCCUCGUCAUAAGUCCUUCAGAUGUGCUUUCUCAAUUAGACAAAAUAAAAUUACGUAUGAUGUUCGGUUAUGAAUGCAAUAAGAGAAAAGUGGGCAAUUUCUUCGAUUCAUGUAAAGAUGCUUUGCAUAAUCAAACGCCGAAUAAAAUAAAUAGUGACAUAAAGGGACAGGAAGAAAGUGGAGGUAUUGCUGAUUCUAACAGUGAAGACGAAAUGAGAGAGACGGAAAAUAAUGUCACUAGAGAUAAUGCAGAAAACCAAAAUAAGACAGAAAGUGAUGAACCAGCUGUAGAAUCUGAUAGCAUAGAAAGAGCUUCUGAUGUGGAUGAAAAACAAUCUAAUGAUAAUGUAAGUGAAAUUAGAAAAGAAGACUCAAAUAAUGACAAAUUUCACUCAAAUUCCCGUGAAGUUAGAGGCGAUACUCAAAAUUGA